UCUGGACCAGUGCUCACACACUGCAGUCUCUCUUCAGCAUCUCUUCUCUCUUUUUCCGUCUCUUCUUCUCACUCAUUCUUCCUCUUCUUCCUCUCGCUGCUUGGCCAUGACCCCCGUGGACACCCUGAUCUCUUUGCCCACCUAGAGAAGAGGAGAGAGGGAACCUUGUGGCGGAGCAGGGGGGGAAGGACCAGAAGAGGGGACAGCGCACACUUUGCCUCACUGAUGAGAGUGGACAUGUAUUAGCCGGCGUCAGCACUGAGUGCGGAGCGCAGACAAGGACCAGAGAGUGAGGAGGUGCAGCAGGGAAAUUAGAGCGAGUUGAAGAGGGGUGGGGGGGGUUGCUAGAGGUGUGAGGAACAGACUGGAGAGAGGAGGAGAAACCCCUCGACACUUCUCAGACCCGAGCAGGACAAGUUAGGGCAGAGACAGGAAAUUGUGCGAGGUUGGGAAUUCAACAGGGAGACAAAUUUCAAGAAGCCAAAGAAUGGUCACACGCGUUGCUCAUCCUCUCGUGCUUCUUUUCAAUCUUCCUCCCUAAUUCUCAACACCGUCCUUCCCUUUCACCUCCUUCUUUUCCUUCAGCUCUUCAUUCCUUUGCUUUUUUUUUUAAAUGCAUGUCAGCAAAAGCAAAAGCAGCCCCACUCCUCCUCAGCGGAUGUGUGAUCUCUUACCGAGUAGCGUAGAUGUUGAUUUAGCUGAAGUGGAGGCUGCUGUUGACCUCCUGGUGGACAGCUCCUGCCUUGGGGGGGGAUUUUUCUCAUGAGACCAGGUAGGAAGUCUCCGGAUCCUUUCGUCGACCCGAAGCAGCUGGAGCCCUCCGGUCGUUUGCCUGAUUGAGGCGUUACGAGAUGAAACUGCAAACCGGCUUAUCUCCAGAGAGCAUGACACCUGUGUUUGAGGGAUUACAGGCAGGGAAACAGAGAUGUGCAGAUGUGUACGUGUGUGUUGGGAUUAUGUCCUAAAUACACAGAAUUACACAGGUGUUGCAGCAGGAUUAUGUCUCCAGCUCCGGCUGAAUAUAGUGGCACUGUAGGAUUAAAAGAGAGGAACUCAAGUCAAGGGAAUGGCAUCACAUUAUCUUCAACAGAUUAACUGAGAUUUAGAGUGAUCACACUUCGGGGGUGUAAUUAAAUCAAGCAGUUCUGCGCUUGUGACAGGGGUCAGACUUCUUUUUGAGGAUAACUGAGGUAGAGAUCCUCUCUCAGCCCUCGGUGGAACAACUUGGGUCCCUCACUGUGGACUCCUGCACCUGAAACACACAGAGCUGUCGGUUAAAGACUCAAAGCUCGUUCCACUUCCACGAUGAGACGCUCCAGCACAGACGAGACUCCGUACCGGCGGAGUCCGUCCUUGGACAGUAAACCGGACUCGCCACCUUUCACUUCUGGUUUUCACCGGUUCAGUGGAGAGUUUGAGUACAAGCGGCCGCCGUUUGCGUUUGGCUUCCACACGACAAAGGGGCCGGAAACGUCCAAGGGGCGCUACGCCCAGGGGAAGAAGUAUGUGGUGUUUUACCUGGACCUCUCCUUCAUCUUCCUCCUAGAACUGCGGCGCUGCAGGAUGGCCGAGGGUUGCAUGAUGGCCCUGCGAUAUGGAAUGGUCUUCUUCAAUCUACUCUUCUGGCUGGGAGGAUGUGGCAUACUGGGAGUGGGGGUCUGGCUCUCGGUGACCCAGGGGAACUUUGCCACCCUGUCAUCAUCCCUUCCCUCCCUGUCGGCGGCCAACCUGCUCAUCGCGGUGGGGACCAUCAUCAUGGUGAUCGGCUGUCUGGGCUGUGUGGGCGCCGUCAAAGAGAGUCGUCCUCUGCUGCUCACGUUCUUCAUCCUCCUCCUGCUCAUCUUCUUCCUGGAGAUUCUGUCCAUCAUGCUUUUCUUCGUCUACCAAGACCAGAUUGAUCACUACGCCCAGAGGGAUCUGAAGAAAGGCCUCCAGCUCUUCGGCACGGAGGGCAACGUGGGCCUGACCAACGCCUGGAUGAUCGUACAAACAGAUUUUCGUUGCUGCGGAGUCACCAACCACACCGACUGGUUCGAGGUGUACAACACCAGCCGGGUGCCCGACUCCUGCUGCCUGGAGUACAGCGACAACUGUGGCCUGGAUAACCCGGGAACGUGGUGGACGGCGCCAUGCUACGAGCGCGUUAAGGACUGGCUUAAUGAGAACCUGGUGGCCCUUUGGAUCUUUGCUCUAUGCACGGCACUUACUCAGAUCCUGGGUCUGGUCUUCUCCAUGACGAUGUUCUGUCAGGCGGUGAAAGUAGAAACUUUUUACGCCUAGCGACUGACCUCUGACCUCCAGCACACUUGGAUUCUCCUCUUCCUCCUCCUCCUUCCUCCUCCUCCUCCUCCUCCUCGUCCUCGACAGACUCUUCUUUUCAAACACUCGUCCUCUCUGUGACACUCGCUCUUGGGUGUCCCCCC